AUGGAUAUCUGUAAGAUACAUGAAAAUGCCUCCAAAUGCAGCGUGAACACCACAGAGUGCUUCAUGGUCCUGAGAACACAAGCACAGAAGAUAAGCAUUGCCACGCUGUGCGGGCUCUUCGGGACACUGUGCGUUUUCGAGAACAGUUUGGUGCUGUACUUGAUCUUCUCCUCCCCUGGCACCAGGAGAAAGCCUUCCUACCUCUUCAUCAGCAGCCUGGCCUUGGCUGACAUCCUGGCCAGCAUCAUUUUUGUCUGCAGUUUUGUCAACUUCCAUGUCUUCAAUCAAACAGAUUUCUCUAAAGAAACAUACCUGCUGCAGCUGGGAGGGGUGAACACGUCCUUCUCUGCCUCCCUGAGCAGCUUGCUGCUGACCGCCCUGGACCGUUACAUCUCCAUCAACCGACCCUCCGAAUACAAGCUCCUCAUGACGAGAAAGAGAGCAUGGGUAGCCUUAGGGUUGCUCUGGGUGACGUGUGCGACCAUUGCUUCCCUGCCUCUCCUGGGCUGGAACUGCUGCACGCUUGAUUCGACCUGCUCCGAGCUGUUCCCGUUUGUGGACGACAACUACCUGUCGAGCUGGAUCUGUUUCGUCGUGGUUCUGCUGGGGUGCAUCAUCUACGCCUACGCGCACGUGCUGUGGAGGGCUCACCAGCACGUGGCCUACAUGGAGAAGCACCAAGCGCAGGUGGGAAAGCAGAACGCCAGGAUGAGGAUGGAUGUCAUGCUGGCCAAGACCCUCGCCAUGGUGCUGACUGUCCUCGUGCUGUGCUGGUCUCCAGUCCUCGUUCUCAUGAUCUACAGCAUCUUUUCCAGGCUGAGCAAUCACCUGCGCAAGGUGUUUGCCUUCUGCAGCACCCUCUGCCUGCUCAAUUCCAUGGUGAACCCCAUUAUUUAUGCCCUGCGGAGCAAGGAGCUAUAUUCCUCCCUGAGGACGGUCUUUUCUCGGUUCAGGAGGCAGCUGAGGGCCUCUGAGGAAAGCCCAGAAGCAGAAAGCACCCACAAGUCCUCCGUGAUAGAGACAGUCUGCGAGGACGUGCACGUAACGCAGGGAGGCAGCCAUGGCAAAUCCACGCUCGGGCUGGCAGAGACAGUCUGA